AGGGCAGUAACCAGAGCAGGCUGGCCUGGGGACCAGCUCCUGAAAGGGAGGCAGCAGGAGGGACCAGGCCUUGCUCACCCUCAGGGCCUGCUCUGGGGCUCCUUGGAGACCGGGCCUAGGCAAGGUCCUCUCCUCCAGCUCCAGGACCUCCUGGGUCCCUUCCUCAAGUAUGGGCAUCAAGACUUCACUGCCCCCUCUCGAGCUAGCCACCUACGCCCUGGUUCUAGUGGGCGCCCUGAGCUAUGCUGCCAUUGAGCUCUUCGAGACGUCUCGAGACAACAUGAACAGGAAGACAUUCAAGGAGUCGGUGAAGCCUGGCUGGCAUUACAUUGGACGAAAGAUGGAUGUAGCAGAUUUCGAGUGGGUAAUGUGGUUCAAGACCUUCCGUAACGUCAUCAUCUUUGCCCUCUCGGGUCAUGUGCUCUUUGCCAAGAUCUGCUCCAUGACUGCUCCACAGCACCGCUCCUGGAUGUAUGCUCUGUACGGGGUCUUCGCCGUGCUGACGAUCAUGGGCUCCCACUACGUGCUGCUUCUGUUGGCCCACUGCCUGGGUCUCUACAUGGUCUCGCUAUUUAAGCAGCCGUGGCUCUGCUUUACUGUGGGUCUCACCAGUCUGGCCUCUUUCAAGCUGGAGCCAGCCAAUGUGUGGCAGAACGAGUUUGUAAAGGAAACUUUUGAUCUUCAAGAUGUGCUAUUUUAUGGGGGCAGCGGCUUCACGAUUUUCCGAUGCAUGAGCUUUGCCCUGGAGAACUGUGCUCGGCCUGAUGGCAAUUACUCCUUCCUGGACCUGUUCAAGUACAAUUUCUAUCUCCCCUUCUUCUUCUUUGGACCCAUCAUGACUUUUGACAAGUUCCAUGCCCAGGUGAGCCAGCUGGAGCCCGUUCGAAGGGAGCGGGAAAUGUGGCAGAUCCGGAUGCAGGCAGGACUCAGCCUGGCCGCCAUUGUGGUCGUGGACGUGUUCUUCCAUUUCUUCUACAUCCUUACCAUUCCUAAUGACCUCAAGUUCACCAAUAGCCUCUCAGACUGGACCCUAGCGGUCUUGGCCUACUUCAAUCUGGUAUAUGACUGGGUGAAAGCAGCUGUGAUGUUUGGCGUCGUGAACACUGUGGCCCGGCUGGAUCACCUGGACCCGCCCCAGGCACCUAAGUGCAUCACAGCCCUCUAUGUCUUUGCAGAAACGCACUUUGACCGUGGGAUCAAUGACUGGCUGUGCAAAUAUGUCUAUGAUGCUAUUGGUGAGGAGCACCAGUCUGUGGGGCCAGAGCUGGUAGCUUCACUGGCCACAUUUGCCAUUACCACCCUAUGGCUGGGGCCCCAUCAUAUUGUCUACCUGUGGUCUGCCCUGAACUGCUUUGGUCUCAACUUCGAGCUCUGGGUACAGAAGCUAGCUGAGUGGGGACCAGUGGCCCAGGUAGAGAGCUCGCUGUCAAAGCAGAUGUCCCGGAGAGCUCGGGCUCUCUUUGGGGCUGCAAACUUUUGGUGCAUCAUCAUUUACAACCUCAUGUCUCUGAACAGCCUGAAGUUCAUGGAGUUAGUGAUCAGACGCCUACUGUUCACAGGAUUUCCCCAAAGUACCCUGGUCAUCCUAUUUGUCACCUACUGUGGUGUGCAACUGAUUAAAGAAAGAGAAAGGCUCCAGGCUCUGGAGGAAGAGAAGGAAGCUGCCAAAAAGAAGGCUGCAUAGGGAGGGAGGAAGGGGAGGAAGAGGAGAAAAAAAAAAAAGGAGGAAUAGGCAGAAGAGACGAACCAUCUACACCCUCAGCCUUCCCCCAAGACCCCCAUCCCCUGGGUUCUAGACCAAGCCUUUAAGACAAAAUAAAAUUUUUUUGCUACGACAA